AUGCAAACUAUCAGUGGGCAAAUGACGGAGUUCCCUGAUGGUGAACAGUUUUACCUUCGUCAGCAAGCACAGCAGGGGCAUCCAGGCCAGCAACAACCUACAGGCUUACCGCAAAUGUUCUCCCCCCAGGUUAAUCAGGGUAGGUUAAUGACGCAACAGCAGCAUUUAUUACAUGGUAUUGAUACUGGCCAGGAUUUACAAGCGACAUAUUUGUUAAAACAAAAGAUGGAGGCUGCAAAUGCAGCUUUCGGCCAUCAACAGCAAUCUCUUCAACCGCAACAGGCGCAACAACAACUUCUGACAACUGGAGUCAUAAAUGGGCCGCCAGGGGUUUCAAUGGUUCAAACAGGUGUUGGCGGCUUAGCACCUCCUCCUGGAACUUUACCUCCGCAGCUUUCUAUUAAUACUGGCGUGCGUGGUACGACCAUCGGAUUAGCACCUGCAGCCCCUGUAAUUCAUCAUCCAAACCAUUUGCUGGUUCGUGAAGUAUGGGCUAAUAAUUUAACUUCAGAGUUUGCGUCCAUAAGAAGGUUGGUAGAUCAAUACAACUUCAUUGCCUUGAGUACGGAGUUUGUAGGUACUAUUGUGAGGCCUAUCGGUAAUUUUAGAUCCAAGAAUGAUUAUCACUACCAAACCAUGAGGACAAAUAUCGAUCUACUCAAUUCAGUGCAAAUUGGAUUGUCACUAAGUGAUUCUCAAGGUAAUAAACCUGAAAAUACACCUUCGACGUGGCAGUUCAAUUUUCAUUUUGAUGUUACAAAGGAGAUGGUUUCUCCCGAAUCGUUAGAUCUUUUGAAAAAGUCUGGCGUUGUAUUUGACAAACACCAGAAUAAUGGUGUCGAGCCAUACGAUUUUGCUCAAUUACUAGUUGAUUCAGGGCUUUUGUUAUCUGAUGAAGUAACCUGGGUAAGCUUUCAUGCUGCUUACGACUUUGGAUUCCUGAUUAACAUAUUGACAGAUACUGCAAUGCCUAAUAAUAAAGAAGACUAUGAAUAUUGGGUUCAAAAGUUUCUUCCAAACUUUUACGAUUUGAACGUAAUUAGCAAGUCUGUCCAAGAUUUGAUACAACAACGCAAUCAACAACUACAACAAGGCCAACAAUACAGCUUAGAAUCCCUAGCGGAUGAAGUGGGAAUUCCAAGAUUUCCGCUCUUCAAUACUACAGGCGGACAGAGUUUGUUGGCUUUACUAACGUUUACUCGGUUGUCUAAAUUCCCAUUUUUCAAAUUACCCAAUGGCAAGACUGAUCUAAGCCAGUUCAAAAACUCCAUCUACGGCAUUAAUAAAGAAUGA